AUGGCUUCCACCUUCUACGCCGGCGAGCCUGAGGGGCCGUCCCUCAAGACGGAAUCGAUCCCAGGCCCCAAGUCCACGGAGCACCUGACCCAGCUGGACAAGGUGUUCGACACCCGGAGUGUGAACAUGCUUGCCGACUACACCAAGAGCUUCGGCAACUACAUUGUGGACCCCGAUGGCAACACUCUGCUCGACGUCUACGCGCAGAUUGCUUCCAUCCCCGUGGGUUACAACAACCCCGCCUUAAUUAAGGCUGCCCAGACGCCCGAGAUGAUCCAAGCCCUCGUCAACCGCCCGGCGCUAGGCAACUUCCCCUCGCACGACUGGGCGUCCAUCCUCGAGACGGGUGCCCUCAAGGUCGCACCCAAGGGUUGCAACCAGGUCUUCACCGCCAUGGCCGGCUCCGAUGCCAACGAGACCGCAUACAAGGCCGCCUUCAUGUGGCGGCGGCAGAAGGAGCGCGGUGGCCCCACGGUCGAGUUCACCGAGCAGGAACUGAACUCGUCCAUGAACAACCAAUCCCCAGGCGCUUCUCAGCUCUCCAUCAUGUCCUUCAAGACGGCCUUCCACGGCCGCCUUUUCGGUUCCCUCUCCACCACUCGUUCCAAGCCCAUUCACAAGCUCGACAUCCCUGCCUUCGACUGGCCUCAGGCAACUUUCCCUCUCCUGAAGUACCCGCUCGAGGAGCACGUUGAGGAGAACGCCAAGGCCGAAGCCGAUUCCCUUGCUGAAGUCGAGGACCUGAUUAAGAACUACCACCUGCCGCCUUGCGCUGUCGUCGUCGAGCCCAUCCAGUCCGAGGGGGGUGACAACCACGCCUCCCCCGCCUUCUUCCGUGGCCUGCGUGAAGUCACCAAGAAGCACGGUGUUCUCCUCAUUGUUGAUGAGGUCCAAACUGGUGUUGGCGCGACCGGCAAGUUCUGGGCCCACGACCACUGGGACCUGCCCUCACCCCCGGACAUGGUCACCUUCAGCAAGAAGGCCCAAACAGCCGGCUACUACUUUGGCAACCCGGAACUGCGCCCGAACAAGCCCUACCGCCAGUUCAACACAUGGAUGGGCGACCCGGCGCGCGCCCUCAUCUAUCGCGCCAUCAUCGACGAGAUUGAGCGCCUGAAUCUGGUCGAGCACACGGCCAAGGUGGGCGAUUACCUCUACGGCAAGCUUGAGGCACUCGCCGCCAAGUACCCAGGCGAGUUCGCCAACCUGCGUGGCAAGGGUUUGGGCACCUUCAUCGCCUUCGACAACCCCAAGCGCGAUCAGUUCCUCGCCAAGGCCAAGAAGUUCGGCGUCAACAUCGGCGGCAGCGGCGUCAGCGCCGUCCGCCUGCGGCCCAUGCUCAUCUUUGAGAAGCAGCAUGCGGAUAUCCUGCUUAAGACGUUGGAGAAGAUUGUUACCAGCUGGUGA